AGGAAAAGGUUUCUUCGAGUAAUGAGAGCGCAUUAUCAAAUUAUGACUGAAGCUAAGAGAUUUAAUUCGAUCGUCUCUGAAUCGCGUGCGAGUCUUGAUUACAUCAGUUCAAAAAUAUCCGAGGGGAUGGAUCAGAUGAAAGAAGACAUUGCUAAAGAACUGUCCAUCACUGACCAUUUAACAAAACUCGGUUCGAAAGUGAGUCUGUUGCUGCAGCGUUAUUCUGAAUUAGAGGAAGAAUUAAUUGAGUUGAUGCGAAUGCAUCACAACACGAAAAACGUGCGAAUCGAGACACCGGCCGAUAUCAACGAAGAGGUUAAAACUGUUCUCACAACGAUAAGGAAGAAACAACCUCCUCAGCAGCAGCAAUUGGAUCGUCUGCGAACGCCGAGGAAACUGCGAAUAUCGACUGUCGCUUCCGCGGGAGGUAAGAACUUUCAAGCGCAGAACGCGAAUUCCAAGCAUCUCACAUCGCGGUCACAUGAUACCGCUAAUCUUUCGAACGUGACGAUGUCCGAAAGACCACGCACGCCUAUUUAUCCGGAAGUGCAAUUGCUGGACGACCAGAGAUUCGCGAAUGACGCAAAACCCAUUGGUUUUCGACCGUCUUGGCAAUGCGAGGCUUGAAAUAAUCACCGUCCAAAAUUUCUUGAUUUGACAAUUGUUUUCUUUUACAAAAAAAUGCAGAUUGUAAUUGCAAAACGUCAUAAAUAAAUGAACAAUAUUUUCUGUGUUUGAGAACAGAUGUUUUUAGAUAUAAGAACUUAUAUAUAUAUUUAG